AUGCGUGGAAAUCGUGAUACGGCUGCCGGAGUCGUGGUCUGCCCCUUGCCAUCAACCUCAACUCCCAACAACCCCAAGGGAGCGUGGAUUACAUCCGGGCGCGUGUCUUUGAGGAGGACUUGCGGUGUCGGAGUGUGGAGCACUCGGAGGAGGGGGCCAGCUAUGGAGUUGGAGGUGGAAGAGAGGCUUCAAGAAGAAGUGGAAGGGCAAGAACAACGACAACCACACAAGGGGAGGUGUGUUUCUACUGCAAGAAGCGCGAAAAUCGUUGGCGGAGGUGCUACCAACGACCUAAGCAUUGGACCCCGCCUUCAUCAAGCAACCAGCAUGGUGGCAAGAGGUGGAGUCAUGGGAGCUGGUGGAGAGGAGAAGGAUGAGGAGAAAGGCGGCAAAUCUGAGGAGCGGAAGUCCAGGUUCUUCUUCUUUGUGAAUGAAGGCGCAACCGACCCUGCCCUGGUUGCCAAGAUCCCGGUCCUCCCUUGGCGGAAAUCGGGUAAGGCGGUAGCCGCAGCAUCUAUGGAGGAGAGCGACGGUGAGGAGGAGCAGAAUGGUGUGCAAGGAGAGGAGCUGAUUGGAGGAAGCGUGGCGGUGAAGCAUCAGCAGCCGGUGCAGAUUGGCUUGCGUCUGCAGGAGACUGAGCGGUCUGCAGUGGAGGAGGUUCAGCUGCACCUUGAGGAUCUCCCUGGGUCAGAGCUGACCAGUGACCACAGUGGCGGUGGUGAGCAGCAAGGUGCUGGUCCUGCUGCGGAGGAGGGAUUGGAGGAUGAGUCGGCACGUUUGGACUCACCAUCUCAGCUCAAGCUUGGUGCAACCGCCAAAGUCACCAAGAGGAGUUUGGAGAGAGGAGCUUCACCACAUGGGCAGCAGACUGCAACCCGCGAGAAGAGAGUGGCAAGCGCAACCUUCAACGCUGAAGUAUAG